AUGAGCAUCAAGUCAGCCGUCGUCUUCCUAUCAUUCUCAUCUUUGUCCGCCGUCGUCGCACCACCGAGUCCUCCCGCGUCAAGGUGCUAUGGUCUCACCGCCAACGCAUGCGUCGCAAGGUGCAGCUUCCACGACAGCGGCCACACUUUCGCUUGCCUAUCGCCGGGCGUCGAGCACACCAGGAUUGUCGUCUCACCGUCGCGCUAUGUAACGACGGGCAUGAUGUGUGCCAUACGAUCCAGGCCGUUCUACCGUCCAGCGCAGUGCACGAAUCGACAGUGGGUCUCCGAUCCCUCUCAGUCCUAUGCCAGAUUCGAUCUCUCUAUGCCCGCAAGACUGCUCAGUCUCGAGCCGGAUCCGGACGACGAAGCCUUUGCUGCCAUUCUGCAGGAAUGCUGUGUGACCGAUUGGACACUUGGCCUCAGAGCAUCCUUCUCUCCUGUCCGCCAAUUCUCCAUGAUCCAGAAUGACAUCAACGUCCUUUGCGGUCCGAGCCUCUCAGCGGCGUCACCUGCCUACUGCCGAGACCAUUUUGUAGCCGACAGUAAGCCAUCUGCUCCUUGCAGUCUCGAGGCUCACCCUUCUGCGCAGUCAGAGCGCAGUAUCGUGGGAUCGUGCUCGCCCAUGGCGCAGGACUUGACUCUUGAGAGCUGGCGAGAUGAUUAUGAUUGA